CCAUCUAUCUUUCUAGCUUCAACGUUGAACGUCCACCGACCCGGAAACACUCGAAAGAGCCUCACUAAUUUCCGUCACACUCAUUUUCGCGGUCACAUGUCCACGUAGUCGAACCACGAGAACGAGAAGCAGGGCAAAGGCGGCAAACGUUUUAUCCCUCUUAUCCUAAGUCUAUCAACUAGUCUCUAGACUUUAGGCACCAAGAGGAAGCGAAGCCUUCUAUACGUUACCGUUACCUCCUCUGUUGGGCAGACUCGUUCUCCUUCUGGCUUUCGGGGCCGAGCGACCAUGUCCAUCAUCCAGCAGCACACCCAGGCCUCGCUAAGCGACGCCUGGCGGACCAUCAACAUCGACGCUCUAGACCCGGACUCCUCCCAGAACUUCGACACUUCGACCUUGCACCCGCCGUUACCCGAGAUCGGCGAGGCGGAUGUUCGGCAGCUGAAUGCACAGGUGCGGCAGCUGCUUCGAGGCGGUGAUUCCGAAGGCGCUCUGAGGGGCUGCCUGGAGAGCCCGGUGUAUAACGGUAGUGAUUCUGCUAAGGAUUCCCACAUGCAGACCGUAGUUGAGGUUCUACAGUCAAUCAAAGCUAGUGAGAUGACUCCAAUGCUUCAGAGAAUCUACGGCUCAGAGGGCGGCAGUGAAUUGCUGGAUGUGCUGAUGAAGUAUCUAUACAAAGGUAUGUCGGGCGGGUCGUCGGGCGGAUCGUCAAGCGGAGGACUAAAGACUCCGGCCCGGGGCUUGACGCCGCAGUCUACGGGGUUCAGCCAAAUCGGUUCAAGGCCUAUUAGCACAAACGAGUCUACGGGAACGGCUAUGAGUGUAUUGCUAAGCUGGCAUGAGAAGGUUGUCGAUGUUGCUGGCUUGGGUAGCAUAGAACGAUGCAUGACUGACUGGCGGAAAGUCUAAAGCGUUACGCCUCUUUAAAAAUUGAUGUUCUAUAGAAAUGGGAUCACGAAGUUAUUUACCUGCCUUGAUAUAUCUUAAGUUUUCAUCUUCCACAGCCACAUAUCUCAAGACACCAUUGAUUCUUAAC